GGCACGGAUCCUUGUCUACUUUCAUCUCUGGUGUCCUCUUCUUGGCUAUUUGGUUGCAUAUGGCACGGGGAGUCCAAUCGCAGAACUGCUCGGCCAAGCUCACCAGCCUCACCACAUGUGCAUCAUAUGUUGUACCAGGCGCCAAUGAGGGCAGACCCAGCACCCAGUGCUGCUCUGCUCUUAGCGACAUGGACACGGACUGCCUCUGCAGCACUCUUCGCAUCGUAGCCCAAUUGCCCAACCAAUGCGGCCUUUCGGCCAUCUCGUGCCCAGGACUCUAAUAAAAGGAGUGGACGACCAACAACAAGUACUCGAGAAGUUGGGAGUACUUCAUAGUUGUCUGCCUCAAGAGAACAGUGUUCUGGAACAGCAGCUCUCAUAUGAAUAUAUAUGCAGUGGUAUGCUGACGACAAUAAAGCAAACGCUUCUUCAUAAGGAUAUGUAUCGGUCAGGACAAUAAUUUUGAUUAAAAAGGGGAAAAGAAACAAGA